ACCUUUCCUUCCAUCCCGAGCCGCCUCCUACUCUGCCUCACCCCUAGCCGCCAAAGGUGAUCAGGCCGCCCCGUUCGCCCGUCCGCGGCGCCGCCGGCCGCCGCCAUGGAUAAGGGCGCUGCAGCAGCCGCGAAGGAGAAGGAACGCACUCUCGCGUAGGGUAAAGCCACCGGCGGGGAAGCAGAAGAAGCCGGCGUUGCGGAAGAAGACGCCGGCAGCGGGGAAGAAGGUGCCGGCGGCGUUUGGCGACGGCAAGGUUAGCUCCAGCCUCGAGGGCGAACCCAGCUACUGUCCUCGCCGACCAUCCCGGGCCAGUAGCACCGCAACGCAGGGACCGUCCUCCUCCUCGCUAUUGUUGUGUGUGUGUGCCUGCUGCUUGCUGUUCUGUUGUUUGCCGUGCUUCUGCUUGCCAGCCAUUGCUGCUUGCUAGCUGUGCUUUGCUGCUGCUACUUGCUGUGCUGCUGCUGUUGCUUGCUGCUACUGCUUGCUGUGCUGGUUCUUGCCUGCUCGAUGUGCUGCUGCUGCUCAUCGCCACCGAGCCGGACCGAGGCAGCCCGAGCUGAGAGCGAGCCCGAGCCGAGGCAGCAAAAACGGCCCGCCAAGGUCUCGGGACGAGCCGGGCUCGGCUCGCCGCCGGCGAGCUCGGACCGAGCCGAGCCGAGCCAGCUCGGCGUCCACCCUGACAGACACCAAUGCUGCUUGCUCUACUGGUACAUCCACGGUAUCCACCAAAGGCGCCUCUGGCUGCGGCAAGAAGAGGUCCGGGCGUCCGGCCUCUUCACCCAGAUGAUCCUCUGCAGGUACGCGCCAUAGUAGCACGCCCAAUCGGCCCUCUCCCCCUCCCUCAGCUCGAACAUCUCGUAUUCCACGGCGCGCGCCAGAUGAGAAAUGUCCAGUCAACAGUAUGCACCAUCCCAUCCUUCACCCUCCGCGCCGCCGAGGAGACAUAGUCGGGCAAUGGCAGCUUCUUCUUCCACUUGUUGUUGUCCGUGGUGGUGGUGGCUUCCAACGGUGUCAGGAUAUAGACCUUCAAGAAUGCGGCGGCGGCGGAGGCCACGACGUCCGGGACGACGCCCGAUGGAGGGUCGUAACCGACGGAAGUCAACCGCCCCGGGGCAGGGAGGGAGAGCGCGUCGGCGAAGGUGGUGGCGGAGACCUGGAAGCCGCUGCCUCGGGCGUAGCUCCACUGGCGGGUCGGGAGGUAGUUGGCGACGAGGUCGCGGCGCGGCGCGGCGGCGGCAGAGGGGGAGAGGGAGAGGGAGAGGCGGACAAAGGGGAGGAGGCCGAGGGCGCGGAGGCCGGACUCGUGGGAGGGAUCAAUGUCCGGCGCGGCGGCGGCGGCAGGCGGGGGAAGGAGGCGGAGGUUGGCACGGCAUUUCGGGAGGCGCGCCACCGCCACCUCGAGGUUCCAGUUGUGCAGCGCGAUCGGGAUUCCCCAUGGCAGCUCCCGUGGGGGAAGGUCCAGAUCACCGCUGUAUCCCUUGGGCUCCUCCUCGCUCUCGACUUUGGACAUGGGUGGAGCUUGCGGCCUUGCGGGGAAGACGGUGAGUGGAGUGGAGGGUUUGGGGAAGAAGAAGCGACCGCUGAUUAUUUUCACUAUCACCCUCCGAAUGAUCCAAAUCUCUUCCAUACGUCCCUCACAAUGUUGAAUUUCUCAAAGUAACAAUUGUUUUCUAAGAUAUGUAUAUGAGAGAAUAGUGGUCCCAACCCCUUAGGUGCUACCGUGCUACCAACGCACGGUAGCACCACUAAAAAGUUUUCAAAUAUUUUGAAAUAAAUUGAGUGGGUUCAUAAGAUCUGUGUCUACCACCUUGAAAAGUUUCAAACCCAAAUUCAUUAUAUGCGUAGACAAACAAAAAAGACAAAUCCUGAUGUGAAUAGGUCGCAAAAAGAAAAAAACACAAAAGACAAAAUUCCUGACAUAUUCAUGCUGGCAUUUGUCUUUUUUGUUUCUCUAUGCAUAUAAUGAAUUUGGAUUUGAAACUUUGUAAGGUGAUAGACACACAUCUUAUGAAUCUACUCAAUUUAUUUCAAAAAAUUUGAAAACUUUUUAACGAUGCUACCGUGCGUUGGUAGCACGGUAGCACCUAAGGGGUUGGGAGCACAAGAUAUUCUCUCAUAUGUAUACCACAUUGUUGCAAAGUUUUCACCAUGACAGCUCGAAAAGUAUUAGAAAAAUAUCGCAGCAUUUCAAAUAAUCCAAAUCUCUUCCAUGCGUCCAUCGUAAUGCCGAAUUCCCAUGACAGCUCGAGUUUGUUCGUCAUCGUUGUUGGGACAUAUAGCCGGGCAAUGGCAGCUUCUUCUUCCCCUUGUUGUCCGUGGUGGUAGUGGCUUCCAACUGCGUGAGGAUAUAGACCUUCAAGAACGCAGAGGCCACGGCGUCCGGGUCAACGCCGGGCGGGGGGUCGUAAUCGACGGAAUUCAACCGCCCGGGGGCAGGAAGGGAGAGCGCGUCGACGAAGGCGGCGGUGGAGACCUGGAAGCCGCCGCCUCACGCGUAGCUCCACUAGCGGGUCGGGAGGUAGUUGGUGAUGAGGGCCGCCACGAGGUCGCGGCGGGGCGGCGACGGAGGGGGAGAGGGAGAGGGAUAGGCGGACGAAGGGGAGGAGGCCGAGGGCGCGGAGGCCGGACUCUUGGGAAGGAUCAAUGUCCGGCACGGCGGUGGCGGUGGGCGGGGGAAGGAGGCGUAGGUUGGCACGGCCAUUCCGGGAGGCGCGCGCCACCGCCACCUCGAGGAUCCAGUUGUGCAGCGGGAUCUGGAUUCCCCUAGGCAGCUCCCGUAGGGGGAGGUCCGGGUCUUCCCUGUAUCUUUUGGGCACCUCCUCCUUGCUCUCGUCCUUGGACAUGGGAGAAGCUUGCGGGGAAGACGGUGAGUAGAGUGGAGGGUUUGGCCAUUUGGGGAAGAAGAAGGGACUGCUGAUUAUUUUCACUAUGACCCUCCGAAUAAUCCAAAUCUCUUCCAUACGUCCCUCGCGAUGUUGAAUUUCCCCAAGUAAUAAUUGUUUUCUAAGAUAUGUAUACCACAUUGUUGCAACAUUUUCACCAUGACAGCUCGAAAAGUAUUACUCCCUCUGAUCCAUAUUACUUCUCGAAAUAUUACAUGUAUCUAGACGCUUUUUAAACAUAGAUACAUCCAUAUUUGGGCAAAUUUGAGACAAGUAAUAUGAGUCGGAAGGAGUAGAAAAAUAUCGAAGCAUUUCAAAUAAUCCAAAUCUCUUCCAUACAUCCAUCGUAAUGCCGAAUUCCGAUGACAACUCGAGUUUGUUCGUCAUCGUCAUUUGGACACAUAAUUCUUGAGUUCAUUUUAGAUUGCAGAAACUUGUUUGUUUGUCUCCGAAUUGGAUAUAGAAAUUUAAUUUAAAAUUUCAUAAAUUUAACUUCAAUUCCUCUAGAAAAAGCCAUCAUUUUUAUGAAAAUGUCUCUCGCUCACCAAAUCGAUGUGGCAGACAAACAUGGUUUUUGAUUCCUGAAUUCAAAUUCAACCAAAUGAAAUCCAAACAAAAAUUGAUUUCGAUUUCAACCAAAUGGAAUGAAAUGAGGAAUACCCAAACGAGCGGUAAGUAACAUUUUUCAAAAAUUAUAUAUACCGCGUUGUUGCAACGUUCUCACCAUGAAUCCAUGACCGCUCGAAAAGAUCAUAAAGUCGAUUUUUUUUUGUCUUGAAAGCAUAUGUCAAUUCAGUCAACUAUAAUCAGAAUAUCGCAUUACAUAUAUGUACCGUAUUAAAUGGAUGAAAAUCAAAAGAUUUGCUAACAAGUGCUCUGUAUUGUUCUGUAUCAACAGGGAUUAAUACUCAUUAAAGCAAGCCCUAGGUUUUUUUUUCUUUUUUAGGAAACACAGUUCACACACACGCACGUACACUCACCCCUCUCAGAGACUGAACCGCCGGCAGAUCAUUUUAAGAUUGACGAAGUCAUCAUUGACGUCUCGUCGUUGACGGAACUCCACUGAAAACACAAGUCCGGAACUUGAACAUGGGUGCCUGUUUCCACCACAAGAAACGAACCACCCAGUUCGUUCGCCCUGGGGGAUUGAUUAGUUAGUUAGACACCUCUCGAUCGAUCGAUCGCCAUUGCUGACACCGUCAGAGUAAAUUAGCGAUCGAGCAGCUGGCGAUUGGAUCAAUGAUCAUCUUCUUAUAAUCGGCCAAAUUAUAAUUAAGUUUAGGAUGGGCGGAGCGUUCCAUAUACAACUGCAUAGAAAAAGUUUCAAAUUUUGAACUUGUCGGAGGAGUUCCUUCCAUGGCUAUAAAUAAAUUUUCCCGUUACAUUAGCCCCCAUCACCCGCCGCGAAAUGUCUCUUCCGGCGGGCGACGGCGAGCUCGCUGCGGGGAUGGAGGAGCUCUCUUUGGGCGGCGGCGGAGAGGGGGACGACCGUCUCGGCGCGCUCCCGGACGACGUCCUCCGCUCCAUCCUCCUCCGCCUCCCCUCCACCGCCGCCGCCGCCCGCACCAGCGUCCUCUCCCGCCGCUGGCGCCGCCUCUGGACCCAGCUCCCGGAGAUCCGCUUCCCGUUCCCCUCCUCCCCAGCCUCCGUCCUCCCCGCGCUCGCCUCGAGAACCUCCUCAUCCCCGGGUCUCCGCCUCAUCCACGUCGCGUGCCGGGACGCCCCCGCCGCCGCGACCGACGCCUGGCUCCUCGCCGCCGCGGCCCCGGGCCGCCUCGCCCCCGGCGGCGAGAUCUACUUCUACAACCGGACGCCGGGGGACGAGCGGCAGCAGGUGGGGGCCGCGGCAUGGCAGCGCACCGCCUUCCGUCUCCCCUGCUUCGAGGCCGCCGCCAAGCUCUGGCUCCGCCUAGGGUUCGCCCACCUGGACCUCCCCCCGGCCUCCGGCUCCGGCGGCGUCUUCGCCAGGCUCACCGAGCUCCGCCUCGAGCGCGUCCACUUCCGGUGCGGCGGGUACCACCUCGGCGACGUGCUCUCCAUGCCGCAGUGCCCGGCGCUGCGGGACCUCCGGAUCUCCAUCGCCCGCGGCGUGGAGAAGCUCACCAUCGUCUCCGAGACGCUGGAGCGUCUCGAACUGGAUAUCCUGUACGGGUUGGAAGAGCUCACGGUCAUGGCGCCGGUGCUCAGGGCGCUGAAUGUCCACGCCUGCUUUGCCUGGAGGAAGCCGGUGGCCAUGGUCUGUGUGCCGCGGCUGGAGCUGCUCUGGUGGAACGAUGCGUUUGAUCCGAGCCUCACCAUCUUCGGCAUCGGCGACGGCGACGAAGAGGCGGCGAGCCUCCAGCAGCUCACCACAUUCAACAUCCCUGUCUAUGGGCGGUUCGAUUACGCGCUCCUUCAGGACUAUGUCAUGCUCUUGCAGCACUUCCCGGUUGUCCACCGGCUUGACCUCAAGCUCAUCUAUGAACGGGAUUUAAGCCAGUUUGAAUACUUGAUGGAAAUCAUAACCGGGCUUCCCAACAUUCAGACUCUGUCUCUGUGGUUACAGACAAAAGGACAUGCGAUUGGAGCUUCUGUGUUCCACUUGCUCAGUAUAUGUCCUGGUAUUAGAAAGCUGCAAGUGACAUUACUUGAUAACUUUAAGGUGGAUACUCCAUGCACAUCGGUUUGUGCUUGUGGUCAGCAACCGAACUUGAGUAAAUGUUACACCUUGGAUGUCCUUGAUGAAGUGGAAAUCCAUAACUUUAGAGGAUCGGGACAUGAUUUUGCCUUUGUGGAUACAUUGUUUUCUAUGUCGAAGGAUAUAAAGAGGUUGACGAUAACAUACCAUCAUCUGGCCCGUCCAAGUGAAGAGCCUUGCAAGGAUCUGUGCAGCCUGGGCACCCCAGGGAUAUGUUCCGAGAUAUAUUUCAAUACAACGGAAGUGUUGUAUCAACCACCAUCCAGCUUCUUCCCGAAGACACCCGACGAUCAGUUGUGAUUAGCAGUUGUGCAGUUUGUCUUCAUGUCCGAUGCUUGACCUUGUUUGGCUUUCUAAUAAAGAUGGUGCCUAAAAGCCUUUUAUUGAAAAACCGUGGUUAAAUGUGGAUCAUUCACAUAUCCUUGAAAAAAUCGAUUUGUUUUUAAAGGGAGAUCCUUGCUCCGUCAGUAA